GCUAAAACCGGAGUCGUCUGACUCUUGCUGUAUGUCAUGCUGCAGCAACGAGUCAAAGGAUCUUGGUAUUAUCUUUAAAGGACAAACCUCAGUUGACAAGCCUGUGACGGCGCUGCAGAGAGACUCUCCUUGCCUUAGCUGUGUGUCGUGCAGCAAUGAUGCAUCAAAGGAAGUUCACUUUGCCUUUAAAGGGGGAUCCUUAUGUACUGAAGAUAUAAUCCAGCUCCAGAGCCCAGGCUCUCAUGACCCCAGCUGUGAGUCAUGCAAGAGUGAUGCCUCAAAGGAGAUCGUCAUCUUCUUUAAAAGAUUUUUAUCAUCUCCUAAACAAACGCAUAAACGGGAAAGCUCAAAGGAUUUUCAUCAAGAAUGCACAGAAGAUUUUAGAAGUCCGCGGGAGGAUGGGAAGGUGUUGGAGGACGGACCAUUAGAGGAGAUUAUAAAACGAUUCUGUGACAACGUGAAUGGGAAGUUGAUUGAUCUGCACAAAGAUGCUGCAGUUUGUCAACAUGAACUUAAAUCUGCUCUGAGUAAGAAGUUUCAGUGUGUGUCUGAAGGGAUCGCCAAGACAGGUGACCCAACCCCUCUGAAUCAGAUCUACACCGACCUCUACAUCACAGAGAGUGGAACCGAAGAGGUGAACGAAGAACAUGAAGUUAGACACAUUGAAGCAGUUUCCAGAAAACAAGUUGGAGAAGAAGUGACAAUCAGACUGGAGCACCUCUUCAAAGAGUCACCUGGACAAAUUUACCCAGUCAGAACAGUGAUGACAAGGGGAGUGGCUGGUAUUGGCAAAACGGUCCUAACGCAGAAGUUCACUCUGGACUGGGCUGAAAACAAAACCAACCAGGACAUCCAGUUCAUAUUUCCGUUCACAUUCAGGGAGCUGAAUGUCUUGAAAGGGAAAAAGUUCAGCUUGGUGGAACUUGUUCACCAUUUCUUUACUCAAACCAAGGAAAUCCACGAGUUUAAAGAGUACCAGGUCGUAUUCAUCUUAGAUGGUCUGGAUGAGUGUCGACUUCCUCUGGACUUCCAGAAAAAUGAGAUCCUGACUGACGUUACAGAGUCCGCCUCAGUGGACGUGCUGCUGACAAACCUCAUUAGAGGGAAGCUGCUUCCCUCCGCUCGUCUGUGGAUAACCACACGACCGGCUGCGGCCAAUCAGAUCCCUCCUUACUGUGUUGACAUGGUGACAGAAGUCAGAGGGUUUGCUGACCCACAGAAGGAGGAGUACUUCAAGAAAAGAUUCAGAGAUGAGGAGCUGGCCCACAAGAUCAUCGCCCACAUCAAGACGUCCAGAACCCUCCACACCAUGUGCUACAUCCCAGUCUUCUGCUGGAUCACUGCUACAGUUCUGGAGCAUGUCUUCAAAACCAGUCAGACCAAAGAGCUGCCAAAAACCCUGACUGAGAUGUACAUCCACUACCUGGUGGUCCAAACCAAAGUUAAGAUGGUGAAAUAUGAUGGAGACGAUGAGACGGAUGAGCACUGGAGUCCAAAGAGCAGGAAGAUGAUGGAGUCCCUGGGAAAACUGGCAUUUGAUCAGCUGCAGAAGGGACACCUGGUCUUUUAUGAAUCAGAUCUGCGAGAAUGUGGAAUCGGUAUCAAAGAGGCUUCAGAGUACUCAGGAGUGUUCACACAGAUUUUUAAAGUAGAGCGAGGGCUGUACGAUGACAAGCUGUUUAGUUUUGUACAUUUAAGCGUCCAGGAGUUUCUUGCUGCCCUUCAUGUCCAUUUGACCUUCACUAAACGGGGUGUCAAUUUGUUGAAAGAAAAAAAUCCCUCAAAGCUCUCCAAGUUAUUCAACAAACCAAACGUCACGAGUUUUUACCACAGCGCUGUGGAUGAGAGCUUACAGAGUCCAAAUGGACACCUGGAUUUGUUCCUUCGCUUCCUCUUGGGACUUUCACUGGAAACAAAUCAGAAACUCUUACAAGGCCUGAUGACGCAAACAGAAAGAUGCUCACAGACAAAUCAGGAAACCGUCGAGUACAUCAAAGAGAAGAUCAAUGGGAAUCUGUCUGCAGAGAAGAGCAUCAAUCUGUUUCACUGUCUGAAUGAGCUGAACGAUGGCUCUCUUCUGCAAGAGAUCCAACAGUUCUUAUCUUCAGGAGCACUCCUCACAGAUAAGCUUUCUCCUACUCAGUGGUCAGCCCUUGUGUUCCUAUUGUUAUCUUCUGAAAAGACAGUUGAUGUAUUUGACCUGAACAGGUUUUCUGUUUCGGAAGAGGUUCUUCUUAGGCUGCUGCCAGUGGUAAAGGCCUCAAAGAAAGUUGUACUGACUUUCUGUGUCCUUUCACAAAGAAGCCUCGAAGCUCUGUCCUCAGCUCUCAGCACCAAGUCCUCUUCCUUGAGAGAGCUGGAUCUUAGCAAUAACAAUCUACAAGAUUCAGGAAUGAAACUGAUUGCUGAUGGACUGAAGAGUCCAAACUGCACACUGAAAACUAUUAGGACGAGUGGCUGUUCCCUCUCAGAGAGAAGUAUUGACCUCUUAUGUCCAGUUCUCAGCAGCAGGCUCUCUUGUCUGAGAGAGCUGGACCUGAGCAACAACAUCCUUCAAGAUUCAGCAGUUAAUAAGUUGUCUGAUGGACUGAGGCAUCCUCUUUGCCAACUGGAAACUCUCAGAUUGAAUCUUUGUUGCCUCUCAGCGACAAGCUGUAAAGCCUUGUCUGCAGUUCUCAGCUCUGAGUCCACUAGCCUUAAAGAGCUGGACCUAAAUAACAAUAACCUGGAGGAUUCAGGAGUGAAGCUGCUGUCGGCUGGACUGGGGAGUUCAUACUGUAAGCUAGAAACUCUGAGGCUGUCUGGCUGUCUAGUCACAGGAGAAGGUUUUGCUUCUCUGGCAUCAGCCUUGAAAUCCAACCCAUCCCACCUGAGAGAUCUGGAUCUGAGCUACAACUGUCCAGGGGACCUUGGUGUCAAACUUCUAUCUGCUAAUCUGAAGGAUCCACAAUCCAGACUUGAAAUUCUCAGAACAGACCCAGCUGGAGUUGAGUGGUUAAGACCAGGACUAAGGAAAUAUUGCUGUAAACUCACAGUCGACACAAACACAGUGAACCGAAACGUGAAACUUUCAGACAACAACACAGAGGCAUCGUAUGUGGCGGAGGCUCAGUCCUACCCUGAUCAUCCAGACAGGUUUGACAAGAACCAUCAGAUGAUGUGUUCAGACGGUCUGACGGGUCGCUGUUACUGGGAGGUCAAGCUCAUGGGAGGUGUUCAUGUCUCAGUGAGUUACAAAGGAAUCACCAGGAGAGGAGAAGGAAACCAUGGUUGGUUUGGUGGGAACGACCAAUCCUGGACUCUGUUCUAUGACGGCAUAUCUUACUCCAUAUGGCACAAUAAGAGAGGAAUAUCGAUUCCUUACACCACUGGGACCACAUCCUCUUCUUCUUGCCACAGAAUAGCAGUGUAUCUGGACUGGCCAGCUGGAACUCUGUCCUUCUACAGAGUUUCCUCGGACACACUGAUCCAUAUCCACACAUUUCACACCACAUUCACUGAACCUCUUUUUCCGGGAUUUGGUUUGUGGUCUUGGGUGAGUGUUCCUCGGGAUUCAUCGGUGAGUCUCAUCUCAUUGUAAAAGCAAUCCAGUCUCUGAGCAAAAUGAAACGGAGACGUACCAAGUUGGCACUUGAGAUGUGCACUUAAAUGGCAGCUAUUCCAUGUUGAUGACAGAACUUAUUUGCAACAUAAUCAAUAUGAAAGUACUUGCUGUCUUUGAUCUUCAGUUUACGCAGCAGAUACAACAGAAGAAAUCAGAAAAGACAUAUCUUUAAGUCUUUUUUUUAAGUCUUUUUUUCCCCACACUUAAAUGUUCCAUAUCUUCAAACAAAUUGAAAUAUAUAUGCUGUGUGAAAUAUAAAAUACAGUUUUGAAAUAAGACGGGGGGAGGGUGUAUGUUAACAAACCUGGAUCUGUGAAAAAAAAAUAAAACACAAUUAACUGGGAUUAACCACAGUGUUUGGAGAGAUGAGUUAAAUUUCAUUAGGCUUGGUCAGGCAUAAUUUCUGCCACGCCUGUCUGACUAUAUGAAGUUGGCU